CGUUAAGAAAAACGUGUUCGGAGUGAUCCGUCCUCGUGGGCGAAACCCAGAUCCCACAGAUCCGGGCGGCCAUGGGGGACGGCCGCCGCCGCCGCCGCCGCCGCAAGAAUUCCCGGCGGGUACCCGCGCGGGAGGGAGAUAUUGACGACGUUCCGGGCGAGCUUCUCGAGGUGGUGUUCCUGCGCCUCUCCUCGCCUGCCCACCUCAUCCGUGCCGCGUGCACCUGCAGGCGAUGGCGCAACGUAAUCGCGGGCGACGGCGGCGGCUUCCUCCGCCGGUUCGGCUCUCUCCACGGCGCGUCGGCCGACCACGUUGUCGGCCACUACCGCGUCAACGAGCGCCACGGCCACCCGCGUCCGCCUGGCCUUAACCCCGUAUUCGUCCCGUCCUCCUCCUCUUCCUCGCCGUGGGCGGACGCCGUCGCCGCUCGGAACCUCGCACUCGACUUCCUCCCGCGGGGCGAGUUUGGCGAUUGCGGCUGGGAGCUCGCCGACAUCCGGGGCGGCCUUCUGCUCCUCUUCCACUCGGAGCUGGCGCCAGGCCUCCUCAUCUGCGAUCCCCUGAGGCGAUGCUACAGGGAAAUCCCUCGCUCGGCGUGGUUCCACGGCUGCCACAUGCUGGGCGCUUUCCUCCUCGACGGCGAGGACAAGGACGCGGCCGCGGGCAUCAGCAUGUCAAACUUCAGGGUGACGUGCGCGCUCUUUCGCUUUGGGGACCGCAACGCCAGGGCCUGCGCCUUCUCGUCUGCCGCCGGCGGCUGGACCUCCGGGGCCGCACGUAGCAGCACAUCAGUCUGCCGCGACAGGGAGUUGGCCCCCAUCUAUUUCGCAGGAAGCAGCAAGGGGAAGAGGUUCGCCUCUUGGACGGUCGGAGACAACGUUGUUCUUGCUCUGGACAAGGACACCGCCGAGCUCUUAUCUGGUGUGGUGCCGGACGACGCACAGUACGCCGUGCUCCGGGACAAGCAGCACGCCGCGGAGUACGCGUACCAGCUGCCAUGGCCACCCACGAUCGAAGCUUGCGUAACCUAGCUGCAUUGGUGGGCUGUGGAUAGGCCAUGGCGUCGUCCCAGGUUCUCAAUUCCUCAAUUUGCCGUUUAUCGUGAUGAUCCUAGAGGACCAUGUGUGUCUGUAUAUAGGCAUCAAGUGGCAAACAAUUUCAGAUGUUUACAAGUUCAGUUCGUUGGAUUGUUUCUUGUUGCUGUUUUGAGCAUUUAUCUGUUCUAAAGAUUACUUUCAUAAACUUCAAACUGUUUGUAUCUGUUUUGAACAUUAAUCCGGUCUUCAGUUUACUUUCAUGAAAGUGAAAUUGCUUGUUUUGGAGAAGCUUAGUUUGACUAUGAAGCAUAUACUUGCGCUGAGGUGGGUUUAUGGAUGAAGUUUUGUGUAGGAGAGAAUAGAAAACAAUUGUAUGAUCUCUCUCUGUUGAAAUUCCUAAGGCACCUUGAACAAAAUAUGUUUAUUUUAGAGAAAGGCUACUGCACAAGAUGUCAAAAACCAUCUCAUACGUAAUUGGCCGUCUGUGUGCCAGCCUAUAUAUAUAGGCAGGGUGUCCUAGGGUUAUAGAUGGUCGUAGAAUGUAUGCUUGCUAAGCAAAAUUGGAUUUGGAAAAUGUAGAAAUGAAGAUGGUUUGCGCUAAAUAUGGAUAUUAGAUAAAUACCGCAGGAAACAAACGACAGCUAAUGUUAAAGUUAGGCCUGAUCCAUCACAUUUUAUGCAUAUAGCAUUUUAAAAGCUACAGGUUUAACUUACAAGUGUUGUAGGAAGAAGAUUGAAAAAUGCCAAAGGACCAAUUCUUGGAAGGUUUUUUUUUUUUGAAGAAUAUUCUCGGAAGGUUUGUUGGUCGUGUUUGUAGAAACUUUCAUGGUCUUUAUAACGACCUGACUCUCAGUAGUGACAUUUAGGUUUUAACAGUUUUCGAUGUAGGUUUAGGGCAGAGCAUUAGAUUUGGGCGAACAGUUUGUGAUGAAAGUGAUGAUAUGUGGCAGCAGCUCCAGUCUCCACUCUCUGUAUAGCGAGGUCACGUGGCCACAGCCCAGAGGAGAAUGGUAAAUGUCUCUUUUUUAACAUGCAAAGGCGCCUAUGGCGCCAAUCCAUUCAUUCAUACUGCAAACAGUUUACAUUGAGAAAUACAAUUCCCUGUAAUUGUAUGCCUAAACACAACAGUUUUAAAGGGCAACUGUCCUCAAGAUGAUCUGCAUUACUACAAGAGAAAUGAACUUGCUGAUCUGUUAUGUGGGUGAGUGCUAGCUGGGCUAAAUCAUGUGCCUCCAUGUUAUGAAGUCUUGAGAUGUGAAAAAACUGAACUGAAGAUGCAUUUGUUACUGCACAAAAUUCUGCAAGUAAGCCUCUAGCCUCCCAAUGUCCUGGAUCUGUUCUAGGCGAUCUUGCAGCAGCUGCUUUCGCUAGCGAUAAAUUGUCUGUGAGGAAGAUCGCAUCUUUUAUUUGCAACCUGGCAAGAAUGUUGGUUGCAAUUACUAGAGCUUGUGCUUCUGCUUGUAUGGCUGAUUCUGCAUGAUUUCCUAUAGCAUAGAUUUGGACCUUCAGUCUUCUGCUUCCUUGAUGUAUGUGCAUAUAAACUCCCAGUCCAGCUCUUGUGUUGCUGGCAUGUUGAACCUGAUUCUUCCAUGCCGCAUCUGUGAAAUCCUAUUUGUUUUUUUUAGCUUUAAUAAAUCUACUAUUGUCCCUUGUGCAUAUAUACCUGCUAUUUGCAAUUCCUGGUUCUCCUUCUUCUGUGAUUGCUCCUAUACCCCCAUUUCCUGGUAUAUGCAAUUAGCUAUGGUCUGAGCUGCAUAAAAAAUUUGUAGAGGAGAGCUCUCUUUUCUUUGAAACAAUUUGUCGUUCCUUUCCACAUACACCACAUGAAGGUAAAUAUAUUGCUCAAAGUGGCAUGUGGAUGAGUUGAGUUAAGAAUGCCUAAAAUAUUUGUCAUCAAAAUGAAUAAAAGGAGAUGUAUCUAGACCUUUUUUAGUUCUAGAUACAUCCCGUUUUAUCCAUUUUGAUGACAAGUAUUUUCGAACGGAGGAAGUACUUGUUAUUGAAUUGUUAUCCCAUACAAGAUCUUCUAUUCUAAUGUACCAGGGAUGGACAAACCAGGCAGCCUUAGCAAAUGGGCAAAGAAAAAGAAUGUGCUUUUCAUCUUCUUCCACUCCACACCUGGAGCAAAAUUUACUUAUUUGGGCUGUGUAUUUACCUGCUCUUAUACUUGUUGGAAGGGCUUUUCUGAUAAGUCUCCAUGCAAAUGUUUGUAUCCUUGGAGCUAUAUCUUUUGUUUUCCAAAUUUGUUUCAAUAGCUCUCUUCAGUUGGCUGUAAUGAUUGUGGGUUGUGGUUCUCCUUCUUCCUGCAAAACCUGCAAACAGAGCUUGUAUGCACUUUUAGUUGUAAAUUUCCCUGAAGGGUGAGCUUCCAACAAAGAAGAUCUUUCCCACCAUCCUGAA